GAUCCUGGCGGACGAUUGGGCGACGAGCGGGCGAGAUCACGCAAGACGGCGCACGGACACGGGGCCUGCGAAACUGUCGGCCCCACCGGGGUCACUGGCCCCUCGCUUCUGACCGCCUGCCGCUGCUCAUGAGCUCAUCUAUUACCCCAUCGAUGCGAGGCAGCGGCGUCACCACCUUGUCCUCCUCCUCCUGCCCGAAAGGCAAAAGCCUCGCCGAAAGAGUCUUUUUAUUUGAGUCUCGAGAGUGAGACAAUCAAGAGGAGUGAGGGAGUGGAGUGAGUGAGCUCGGGCUCUCUGGGUGUGAUGGAAUCGUUCAGCCUCCUCAAGUACCUGCGCGGCGGAGCGGUCGCCGGCAACCAGCGCGCGGCCGUGGCGGCCACGGCCAUAGCCGCGUCGGCGUGUGAGGACGGCGGUGAAGGGGGUGGAAGUGGUGGGGGCGGGGACGUGGUGGAAGACGACGCGGCGUUCUUCGACCUCGAGUUCGCGGUGCCGGGCGACGAGAGCGCCGCGUCGGACGCGGAGGAGGAGAGGGUCGAGUUCAACUUCUCCGUCGCCGGCGACGCCGCGUCCGGCGGCGAGGUGGUGGCCGUCGAACCGGUGGCGCCGGCCAGUGAGACUGAGAACGGCGUCGGGAAGGAGACGGAGCCUGCUGCGACGGCAGAGGCCCCGGCGGCGUCGUUCCUCCGUCCGGCGACCAAGUUCCGCGUGCUGCUGCUUAAGCUGAGGAAGCCGAAGGUCCCCGCCCCGGCGGAGGGCAACGCCGGUGGUGCUGGCGGCGCCGCUGGCGGUUCCAUGGCGCCCAAGACGAACCGUUUCCUGAUCAAGUUCCGGGUGGAGGACGCGCCGUUUGUCUCGCUCUUCACGCGUGACAACAGCUCUCGCACCUCCGACGCCGGCGCCGGCGCCGGCGCGGCCAGGCCGGCGGUGCAGGCACCCCAGCCUUCCGACGCGGUGGCGAUCACCGCCGAGGAGCGGCGUUUCGCCAAGGAGGUUAUGCUCAAGUACCUGAACAAAAUCAAGCCCCUGUACGUCAAGGUCUCCCGCCGCUACGGCGAGCGCCUACGGUUCGCCGGCGCCAGCGAGGGCGAGGAGACGGACGCGGAGCCCGAACCCUCGCCGUCCCCUUCCGCGACACCUUCCCCCGCCCCCUCCCAGCCUCGUGCCCCGCCAGCCCCUCUUCCACAGCCCGUCGUCGUCGCGUGCGGCGUGCGCGCUCCGCGCGCCAGCGUCCCGGCCGGCCUGAAGCAGGCGUGCAAGCGCCUCGGCAAGAGCCGGUCCGCGUCCUCCGCCGUAGCGGCCGCACCGUCGCCGUCGGCCACACCACCGACCCCCGCGCAGCCGCAGCGCCGCGACGACUCGCUGCUGCAGCUGCAGGACGGCAUCCAGGGCGCCAUUGCGCACUGCAAGCGCUCCUUCAACGCCUCCAAAGGGUCCGAGUCGCCGCUGCUGAGGUCCAUGACGGAGCCGAAGGCCGACGGCGCGGCCGACACCAAGGACGGCGUCGACGGCGCGUGAGCCGGGCCGUCCGGGCUCCGGAGUGGCGAUCGCCGUACUCAAUCAAAUCUUAGCCUAGAUGCUAGUAGCAUUUUUAAUACUACUUAGUUGGUACUAGUAUCAUGAUGCCGGAUUAAGGAAACGUGCGCGCUCUCUUCUCUUGUCUUAAUGUGGCAAAAGCUUGUCUUUUCGGCCGCCGUCUAGAUUCAAUAAUCUGGCGGUGCUAGUACGAGUAGUAUGCAUGUAAAAUAUUUCUAGUAAGUAAAUUGCUAGCAUUUCAUUUGAA